AAACCGACGCACAGGUAAGUACCUCCAGAGGGAUGGAGGCUGGAAAGAUCUCAACAGAGGAACUAGAACAGAACACUGAAUCCAGCAGUAAUGUAGACAUGACAGAUAAGUUUGAGAAGGGUUCGUCGCUGCCGCUGAACUCGGAUUCCUUGGGUCGAAGUCGGCUGGAUGCGGAUGACAUCAGUACGUGCUCCAGUGCCUCCUCCACCACACAGACGCCCCCCGCGGUCAGUAAGAAGUUCCCCGUCCGCCCGGGCAUAAACUGGAGGAAGGGGGAGAGACUCGAGGCCAUGGACUUCAGCUCCAAAUGGUACUCAGCUAAGAUUGUGGAGAUUGAUGAAGAGGAGAAGAUGGUGAUGAUUCACUUUGACGGCUGGAAUCAGCGAUACGACGAGUGGAUAGAAAUGGACUCCGAGAAACUGAGGCCUAAAACAAGGCACUCAUCGCGAAAAGGGAAGGCCAAACAAUCCGAAUAUAAACUGGGGGACCAUGUUUAUGCCAAGUGGACGGAUUGUAAAAUGUAUCCUGGGAAAGUCACAGCUGUUCUUGCUGAUGGAUCAUAUGAUAUUUUGUUUUAUGAUGGCUUUAAGAAGACUGUACAGGGAAUCAACAUAAAAGCAAUGCCUAAAGAAUUACAACAGCAGAAAAUAGAGAUUGUUCAUGUUUUACCCAAAGAUGAGAGGAAAAGAUCGAUGGAGGAAGAAAUGGCCACUCUACCCAACAAGAGGAGAAGCUCAUCAAUUUACUCCAGGAGAGAAGGGAGCUUGGAUAAAACCCCGAAAGAUAUGGAGUCUACAAGGAAAAUAACAGAGAGGACGAGAAGUACCACUAGUGAUGAUGGCAAACGACGGCCAAGUAAAGAACGCAGACAGAGGAAAGGGGAGAAGAAGUUAAUCAUCGCAGGAUCUCUGUUUAAGAAGCGAGAUCGAUCAACAUCAUCAGAGAGAUCCAAAACGGGGAGCUGCUCAAGUAAAGAGUUAACGACUGAUGAAACGAUGGACAGCACGGGGAGUGCAGUGGAACAGCCUGAGGAUACAGGGGGCUUGAUGGAACAGCCACCAACAGAAGAUUCUGGUGUUACACCUGUUACAGAACAGGCAGAUGCAUCUGCUCCACCAACCACAGAUUCUGAAGACUCUUCAGUAACAAAAGUCUCCACAGACACCACCCCAGUCGCCCAGCCUACUCCCAGUUUGCUGGCACCACCAGCUGUAUCAGACCCCACCUCAGAGGGGCCCCCAGCCACAGGAACUCCUCUACCUGGCCCUGGCUCACCUGAAGCACCUGCUGGGGCACCUGUACCAGCCUCUGCCCCCAGUACACCUGCCCCGGGGUUGAUGUCUGCCCCCAGUACACCAAUGGCCACCCCUCUCUCCUCAAUGCCUCCUUCUCCAGCAAGCACUCUAUCUGCAGUGUCGUCCUCCCCAUCAACUCCAAAACAGUCUCCGGGUAUGAAGACAGACGGUGCACAUACAGCAGGAACUGGUCCAUCUCUGGAAAUCCCUACUCCAGGACUCCCACCCAAAGGCAAAAGUAAGCAUAGAAAGAACAGAAAAAGUCGUAAACAGACAUUUUCUCCCAACACUCAGUCAGGAGAGAGUUCAGCGAGGAAGAGAAGUAAAUCAACGGAAAAGGGAGAGAAAUCUGACCAGCCUCAUUCUUCACGGAAACGAAGCCGGUCGACAAACGAGAGAGCCAACUACAUUUUGGUUCCUGAGACAGCCCUUCCACCAAAAGCCUUCGUCAUUGAGCCGGAACACAACCAUUUUAAGUGUACGUUUGAGGACUGUAACAAGGGCUUCCGUAAGGAGACUCUGCUGGAAUCUCACAUCAAGUUCUACCACUCUAAUGACGGCAAGCCUCCACAAAACCCACCCAGGAAACGACGGAAAACAACCAGUAUUUGUUCUACAGACUCAGACAUUUCCGUCCCCCCCAGACAGCGGUACCCCUCCAGUGGCUCCCUCUGUCGACCCAGCACCUCAUACGAGGGCACCACCGAACUGGCGGGCUCAGAGCAGCUUAAUGUGGAGGGUCAGCUUCUAUCUGAAGGAUUAAAGUCUGGAGAGAGAGCCCGUUCUAUGAGUCAGGAUGUGAUGAUAGCCGAGGAAUCCAUGGAAACAGAAUACGAGGAUACCCUCAGUAAAGAUGAAGUGGUCAACUGUAUCUGUAGAUUUAACGAAGAAAAUGGACUCAUGAUUCAGUGUGAUGUAUGUCUCUGCUGGCAGCAUGCAGCCUGUUUUGAAAUUACAGAGAGUACACUUCCCAAAAAGUACAUCUGUUACGUGUGUGAAAAUCCUCCAGGAAUCCGGGACAGUCGGCUUUAUGUACACGACCAGGAUUGGUUGAAGCUGGGUCACAUGGCUCACUUUGGAUUUUUACCCAAUCAGGAAGAAGAUGAGAGUUGCUGCAGAACUGUUCAGGCCACACAUGGCCUUGUGGGUGACCUACACAAUGUUUCAGCAGUGAUUCACGGCCUGAAACAGAAACUGAAAACUGUCAGAAAGAAGGACCACCGCGAUCCUAUGCUUCAGAUGUGGUUACAGAACCUAGACAAUGUCCAGUUUGACCCUAUAGAGCCUGAUGUCGACAGCGAGAGUGAAGAGAUAAGCCUGGACAUCUCUACAGAUCUGAAUAAAAAGACUGAGGUCCCGGACCAAAAUCCUGAGUUAGAAUCAGGAACUCCCCAGAAGACUGAGUUAGAAACAGGAAAUACCCAGAAGACUGAAGGGGAAGGCAGUGAUAGUGCUUGUGGAAGCUUGACAGUAAAUACAGACAAAGAGCACCAAGUCAAUUCAGAGCUACAGGAAAAUUCUAACAAAAGGGAAGGACUUGAGAGUGCUACGGAUAAAACUGUGGGGGACCUUUCACAAUCCAAAGAAGGUACAAAAACAGAGAAUAGUGGUCUAGAUGAAAGCAUUAAAAGUUCAAACCAAGGACUAAUAUCUAAAGAAAAAAAUAAUUCUGAGAAACAGAAGAACGCUCAAGAGAAACCUGAAAGCUCUAAACCAGUCAGUGAGAGUGAUUCAGCAAGUAUAGUUAACACACCAAACACUGACAAGACUGAAGUAAAGGCUACUGGCUCAAACACUGGUAAUGGUGAAGUUUCCACAGCAGAGAGUGGGCAGGGAAAGAAAACUCAGAUGGACCGAUCAAAUCACACAACAACUCCUUCAGAACAGUCUCAAUCAGACCAAGCCAAAUCUAGCAUAGAACUACCACUGGAUCAGUCUGUAGGGUCAGAGGUCAAGGUGGAAGAUGUGUGUGACCUUUUGAACUCUGUGGAUGUUGUGAAGGAAGAUCCGUUCAAACUCUGUGAGAGGAAUCUGUUGGAGCACAUCCUCCGAGUCCAGACAGAAAUCGAGCAGAGGCUGGAUCACAUCGAGGAACAAGUCUGUGCCCUGGAGGCGGCAGAUUCCAACUUUUCCUCAGGUCCUGCUGACAGAGACCUGCUGUCUGACGUUCCCGCCCUCAAAAAGACAUUAUACCUGUUACAACACGACCUGGUGCGGGUCCAGAGAAUGGCAGCCUACCACAGAUAGCACACAUCACCAGAAAUGGGUCCAACAAACAACAGCCUACCACAGAUAGCACACUGUCACCGUGUGUAAACAGACAGGUCUUAUUGUACAGAUAGAACACUGUGUCCUAGUGUGAGUCCAGCAAUUGUGGCCUCAUACAAAUGGAACACAGUCUGAGUUACUCUGUGUCACUGGUUCCAUAAAUCAAUUUUUGCUGCAAAAUUUCCAUACAGAAGAUAACAUAUACAUGAUUGUAUAUUCUGAGGAAACAAUUGUGAAGUUCUGGGAUGGUUGUGUCCAAAAAUUAACUAUAAAAUGCUCAAUCUGAUAGAAAAAAUAUGUCACAAAUUGGAUAUUCCUGUACAAAUUUUUCUCCAAGAGAGAAUCAAAUAGACAGUUUCAAAUUUCAAUUGAAAAGAUUUUUGAUAGAAGUAAAAUUAAAAGUCAAAACUGUCUUUAGAAGUGUAUUGCAAGAUUCAUCAUAGAUAAUUUUGUGCUUCUCUGGAAAAAUAUUUUGGACAGAAUAAAACAUUGAAUAUAUCUGUGUAUC